AUGCCUCCCAAGUCGCGAUUCACAAGGCUCGAUGCCUUCACGAAGACGGUGGACGAGGCGCGGAUUCGGACGACAAGCGGAGGAAUCGUCACCAUAGUGUCGCUGCUGGUUGUGGUGUUUCUCGCGUGGGGAGAAUGGACCGACUACCGGCGCAUCGUAGUGCACCCGGAGUUGGUCGUGGACAAGGGCAGAGGCGAGCGAAUGGACAUCCACCUCAACAUGACGUUCCCCAACAUGCCCUGCGAGCUGCUGACGCUCGAUGUCAUGGACGUCUCUGGUGAGCAGCAGCACGGUGUCGCUCACGGAAUCACCAAGAUCCGUCUACAGCCCGCAGCGCUUGGUGGCGGCGAGAUCGAGAGCAAGUCUCUUACCGAGCUGCACGAGAAGGCCGAGCACUUGGAUCCCAACUACUGCGGUGCCUGCUACGGAGCCACUGCCCCCAGCACGGCGCAGAAGCCUGGUUGCUGCAACACAUGCGACGAGGUCCGAGAAGCAUAUGCGCAGGCCUCUUGGGCCUUUGGUAGGGGCGAGGGCGUGGAGCAGUGCGAAAGAGAGCAUUAUUCCGAGCGACUGGACCAACAGAGAGAGGAGGGCUGCCGAAUCGAGGGUUUAUUGCAGGUCAACAAGGUUAUCGGAAACUUCCACCUUGCUCCUGGCCGAAGCUUCAGCAAUGGCAACAUGCACGUCCACGAUCUUAAGAACUACUGGGACCUCCCCGAGGGCAAGUCGCACGACUUCACCCACAUCAUCCACUCUCUCCGAUUUGGACCCCAGCUCCCGGAUACCGUCAUUGAGAGGCUGGGCGGUAAGAAUUCUUGGUCCAACCACCAUCUCAAUCCUUUGGACAACACUCGUCAGGAUACCCGGGACCCCAACUAUAACUACAUGUACUUUGUCAAGAUCGUCCCCACCUCCUAUCUUCCCCUGGGUUGGGAGACACGAAAGCCCAGCACCACCAACGGCGGUGUCACGACGUUCUACUCUGACGGCAGCAUCGAAACGCAUCAGUAUUCCGUCACCAGCCAUAAGCGAAGCCUGAUGGGCGGUGAUGAUGCAAAGGAAGGUCAUCCCGAGAGGCUGCACGCAAGAAACGGAAUCCCUGGCGUCUUCUUCUCAUAUGAUAUUUCCCCUAUGAAGGUCAUCAACCGCGAGGAGCGGGCCAAGACAUUCCUCGGAUUCCUGUCCGGACUCUGCGCGAUUGUCGGCGGUACCUUGACUGUCGCUGCCGCUAUUGACCGAGGGCUGUUUGAGGGUGCUACCAGGCUGAAGAAGCUCCGAUCCAAGGAUCAGUAA